AUGCCAAGUCGGGCCAAGCUGCGCCCAAGUCUGCGCCGUAUUACAAACCUAAUGGAGGCCAAGUCAGAUGCCAAGCUGUGGCCAAGAGCACUACUUCUAAUUCUAACCACUAUUCUCUACGGAAGGCGGUUGAGGGUUGAGGUCAUGGCCAUAUGGGGAAUUUUCUCAGGGCCGGUGAAGGAGGGUGCAAGAGAUGCCGUAACACAAAUACUUGAAGGUGAGAUGGACAAUGAAAGCAGGAGCCGCACUCCGGAGAGGCCAGUCGAUGAGUCGAGUGGUGAUCCGGGGGAGACUCGAACAGACGACGGGUCUCCUGAGCGGUCGCUUGCGACCUCAGAAAGAGAGAAUUCAGAGAAUCCGGAACCCGUUAGGGACGCGGAUUUAGACCUGGAGAGAGAAGAGAAAGAGGAAAGGCAACAACAACUUGAUGCCAUUAAAGAAAUAGCGCGGAACUUGGCGCUAGCAUCAGUGAACUUCGAGAGGUCCACUAGACAUGUUCAGGCUCUGGUGGAUGUCUGCGAAAAAAUGGUGAACGCCAUAGAAGAUGUUUGUGAGGCAAACAAAACUAUGUCGGAGGAGAUGCGCAAGAAGCAAGAAGGCCCGCCUCAGAAUAAGGGAAAUCUUCAGAGUUCAGAUGUAAGUGAUUCCUUCUUGCAUUCGACAUUCAGACGCAGAGAUGGUAUUGGGGGCUUUAGUAAAAAUUUCAAUUUUUCUAAUAUCCCUUCACUUAACGCGGUAAAUAUGGAUAAGGGACGUCAAUCAGGUCCAAAAAUAAUAUCCGACUUUACUUUUCAAAAACCUCAGAAUUCAAAUAAUUCAGACGACAUUUUAAAUCGAUUGAAUAACACGGUGACGAACCUCGCGCGUUCAGUAGAUUCGGGAAAUAGAAGCAGAGUAAAGCCCUCGUUCGAAAGAAAAUAUAAAUUAACGCAAAAAGGUUCGUUUACCCUCUGGCUUGACUCUCUGACAAGUGAAUUGAGAACGAUUGACUAUAUAGAUGUUUUAGAAAAUAGUCGUGAUUUAGAAGAAACUUACGGUUUUUCAGAGUCGAAUAAAAGGAAAAUGCUUGUCAGAGAACUUAUAAUUAGCCAUUUAGAUGAGCACUAUCACAAGAAAGUGAUAAACAUUUCAGAGCCAAAGGAUAUUAUAUCUAAAAUCAAAGAGUUCCGAUUAGUAGAGAUAAACGUCACAGCCUCGUCAGUCAGAGCGCGGUUAUAUAACCUCAAAAUUAAGACCAAUGAAUCUGCUUCAGAGUUCAUAGACCGUUUCGAUACAGUCGUGACGGAAUAUGAAAAUUACGGAGACAUGGUACCUCUCUCAGAGGAGGAAAAGCGAUCUGCCUUUUACCACGCCGUCUCAGAGAGAUACAAAGAAAUAAGAACCGCGAAUUCCGUCAUGCGCGUGACAACAAAAGCGGAAAUGUCUUUAGAUGAUAUAAAAGCGUAUUUAAUUAAUCUGCAAGCGGAGAAUAAUCAGAGUAUUAAUCAGUUUCAGAGAAAAACCACUUCAGAGGUCAGAGCAAAUGUGGUCACCAAGAGCACUGAGCCCAAGGCUGAAAAGUGCUUCAGAUGCAACCGGGAGGGUCACAGGGCUGCAGGUUGUCCCUUGAGAGAAUACAACCUGUGGUACUGUUUCUACUGCCAAGCAGUUAGAAACCACAAGGGCGACCAGUGUCCAAACAAGGACAAUCCGAAAGACGGGUAUGUAGGAAAAUUAAAUAAAAAUUUCAGAGAUAGGGAUGUUAAGAAGGAAAAAUCUCAGAGUAAAUUCAGAGAUAAUAGUAAAGUUAGCAAAAACCAGGCUAAGUCGAAAGCCUCUGGUAGUAAGGGCAAGAAGGCCCAAAAGAUAAAAGCUAUGCUAACAAGUGAAGAUUCCGGAGCAACCGAACACAUAGUCAGAAAAGGUUUUAUUUUAAAAGAUUUUAAAAAGAGUAACAGAGAAAUGAGAGUUAAACUGACUGGUGUGAUCGCUGCGAAGGAUAUCUCGCACAACCUGUUAUCCCUUAGACGCUUUGCGGAUGCAGGAUUAGGUAUAUAUUUAGAUGACACUAGACUGAAGAUUUUUGAUAGAGAAACAAAAGAGGAACUUUUGAUUGGCGAGUAUAAAAAGCCAAACUGGGUCAUAGAUUUAGAGGUGCAAUCAAACACAACUGGUUGUACAAAUCAGAGAAAUAUUUACUCAUGUACAGCACACAUGGUCAAUCUAGAAGAGUUCAUACAACAAUCUCAGACUGACAUUUCAGAGAUUCAAGAAGAAUUACAUUCAGACGUCGCGAUUGAGAUAAGAGAUUCCGAAAUAACGAAGUCAGAGAUUGGAAGGGAGAAAGAGUAUGAACUUAAUCCGGAAAAGGAAACGACCGAUGCAAAUUCAGAUGAUAAUCAGAGGUUAUUAGAUGAAAUUAUGAGUUAUGAACUAAACGUUGGUGCAAAAAUAGACAAGGGUCUAUUGUGGCAUAUGAAGCUGGGUCACAAAUCCUUGAAGUACUUAAAACAACUUCAGAAAUCAGAGGCAAUACUAUCAGAUGUACAUUUUAAAGACAAUAUACUGGAUUGUGAGGUGUGCAAACUGGCAAAGAUGGAAAGAUUACCAUCUCCCGAAAUCAGAGUUAGAGCAACGAAACCAUUAGAGAGGUUGCACGUCGAUACGAUGGGACCAAUAAAGCCAGAGUCGUAUCCAGGAGGCAACAAAUUCAUAGUGGUCAUAGUCGACGAUUACACCAAGUAUUCAAAGGCGUACUCCGCCAAGACCAAGGAUCAGGCUGGAGAAUGCUUAGAGGAGUUCCUCAAACAUACGAGGAACAUUUUAGGCAAAAACGAGAAGGUCUGCUACGUCAGGUCGGACAAUGGAACGGAGUUUACCGGGGGACAUUUUUCAGAAGUUGUAAAAAGUGAAAAUGCAGAGAAUGAGUUUUCACCCCCGCAUACUCCAGAGUUAAACGGAACUGCAGAGAGAUUUAAUAAGACUCUGCAGUGGCUAAUCAGAGCACUCAUGAUAGACUCGGGACUUCCCAAAAGUAUGUGGUCGUUGGCAUCAGACGUUGCCACAAAUGUCUACAAUAGGACACCACACUCGGGAAUAAACUUCGAGACACCUCUUCAGAGAAUGGAUCAAAGGCUUAAAUCCCAUAUUGACAAAAUCAGACGUUUUGGUUGCUUGGCAUAUACAAGAGUGCCAAUCCCAGAGUCAAAAUUUUCAGAGAGAGCAGUCAAGACUGUACUGGUAGGUUAUACCAAGUCGGGUUACAUACUCUGGCAAUAUGAGACCGGCAAGUUUGUUAUCUCCAGGCACGCGAAAUUCAAUGAAAAGAUUGUGUACAGAGACAUAAAGAAUAUUAGGAAGUUUUCACAGGAAAGUAAUCACAGCAAGAACUUUGAAAGCCAUUUAGAGUUUGAAUCAGAAAAAAAAGACUUAGAGACACAGAAUAUUCCAGAAGAAACUGUGAAACCUCACAGAGGCAGACCAAAGAAAAGAAAAGAAACUCAGACGAUUGACUGCAAAGAACCGAAAAUUAGAAAAUUGCCAGAUAGAAAGGCAAGAGUAAAUAGACCAACGUGGUCGCACUUGCGACUGGCUGAGUGUGUUCCAACAUCAGAAGAACCAAAAAUAAAUCAGAGUCAAGCCAGUGCUGAGAAUACAACAAUUGAGAAUGAUGAGAUUAGUCAUGCGCUCUUAGCUAUGACAAACAAGGAUCCAUCAAGUUUCAGAGAAGCCAUGAACUCAGAUGAAAAAGACAAAUGGCUACAAGGAAUUAGAGAUGAAUUAAAAUCAAUGGAGUCAAAUCAAGUGUGGACUAUAGUGGAUAGGCCCGCUUACGAUGAGAGUGGAGCAAAAGUCCACACCAUUGACUCAAAAUGGGUUUUUAAGAGGAAAGUAAAUUCAGAUGGAAAAACAGUCUACAAGGCUAGAUUGGUCAUUAGAGGUUUCAAGGAUAGAAAGGAGUAUGAACUCAGAGAAACUUAUGCUCCAGUUUCCAGACUGUCAAUUGUCAGAACUGCAUUUGCUAUUAUUAACAAAUACAAUUUAGAUGUAUAUCAAAUGGAUGUCAAAACAGCCUUUUUAAAUGGCACUUUAGAGGAUGACAUUUACAUGGAAAUUCCAGAUGGUUUGCAAUGUACUUCAGAUGAAAGAAAAAGAAGAGUUUGCAAGUUAGAAAAGGCCCUUUAUGGACUCAGAGUAAGUCCAAAAAGAUGGAACAAACGUUUCACUGAGGAAGUUUUAAAACUAGGUCUAGAGAAGGACAUAAAUGAGCCAUGGAACAACGCUGGAAGAAUCUUAGAAAUCAAAACAAAACUUAGCUCAGUGUUUCAGAUGAAAGAUCUGGGUGAACCGCAGAAAUUUCUUGGCAUGGAAAUAUUCAGAGACAGAGAACAGACGACACUUACUCUCUCACAAUCAGAGUAUACUGAAAGAAUCUUGGAAAGAUUCAAUAUGAAAGAAAGUAAACCUCAAAAGACUCCCAUGGUGACCAGGCAAGUCAAAAGCCGAAAUCAGAAGCACUCAAAAGAUGAAGAUGAAGCAGAAGUAGCGCAGUUGACAAAUGUACCCUACAGAGAGGCAAUUGGAAGCCUUCUCUACCUGGCUAGUGCGACAAGACCAGAUAUUGCGUACUCGGUCAACUAUUUGUCGAGGAAACAACUGCAACCAACAAUGGAUGACUGGAAAGAAGUAAAAAGGAUUUUCAGAUAUCUCAGAGGAACAACUGCCUUGGGUUUAACCUAUAGAGGACAAAAAGGAGACCUUUUUGCAAUGACUGACACGAGCUUCAGAGAUCUAGAUGAUUCUGCUACGACUGGCGGGUACAUCAUAAAAUUGUUUGGCGAUCCUGUUAUGUGGAGGAGUCACAAACAGUCAUAUGUGACUCUCUCGACAUGUCAUGCAGAGUAUCUAGCCAUGAGUGAUGCCUGUCAAGAGCUGGUGUCUCUGGAUAAGGCGAUUAGAAGUAUAACGGGAACGUCUAUGUAUCCUGUGACUAUCUGGUGUGAUAAUUUGGCAGCUGUUAAGAGCACUCAGAUGGAUGGAUGUCAUAGACUCAAAAACUUUGAUGAUGACCUUCAGACGAUCCAGAAACAAUUGAAACAGAGAGAGAUUACUGGCAAAAAGUGUCACAUGGCAAGUACACAUGGUGACUAUGUGAAAGCAUGUGUGCUGGAGAAUAAAGUAAAUGUUAGAUGGAUUUCCACUUCAGAGAAUGAGGCAGAUAUCAUGACAAAACCUUUGUCCUCAGAAAAACACAUCUACUUCAGAAGAAAAUUACUAAACAAUACGUCAAACCAAGGAAACAGUGAUAUGGAGAUCACUAGCUCCAAAUCAGAGUCGGAGUAA